AUGGCACAAAGCAGAGUGUGGAGCCAGGGCGAUUCCAGCCGCAUUGUUGUCCCAGCUGUCUUCCCGGGGGAGGAGGAGGAGGAUAGGGAGGAAGGGCAGCGGCGGGAUUUACUUCCCAUCGCUGCGAGAGGUUGUGGAGGAUGGAAAUCCCUGCCUGCUCCUUCUCCGGACCGCCCGGCCCGUGUGGGGGACAGAAAAGAGCCUGCAAUGAUGUUCUCAAACAACGAUGAAGCUGCGAUCAACAAAAAACUGCCCAAAGAGCUGCUGCUUCGAAUUUUCUCUUUCCUGGAUGUGGUCACUCUGUGUCGUUGUGCUCAAGUUUCUAGGGCAUGGAAUGUUCUGGCCCUGGAUGGCAGUAACUGGCAGCGAAUUGACCUGUUUGAUUUCCAGAGGGACAUUGAGGGCCGAGUGGUGGAGAACAUUUCCAAGAGAUGUGGGGGAUUCCUGCGGAAGCUGAGCCUAAGGGGCUGCCAGGGAGUGGGGGACAACGCCUUAAGGACCUUUGCCCAGAACUGCAGGAACAUCGAAGUGUUGAACCUCAAUGGUUGUACCAAGAUCACAGACACCACCUGCACCAGCCUCAGCAAAUUCUGCUCCAAACUCAGGCACCUGGAUUUGGCUUCCUGCACCUCCAUAACCAACCUGUCCCUGAAAGCACUGAGCGAGGGAUGCCCGCUGCUGGAACAGCUCAUCAUCUCCUGGUGCGACCAAGUGACCAAGGAUGGGAUCCAGGCGCUGGUGCGGGGCUGUGGGGGGCUCAGGGCCCUGUCCCUCAAGGGCUGCACCCAGCUGGAGGACGAGGCCCUCAAGUUCAUCGGUGCCCACUGUCCUGAGCUGGUGACCCUGAACCUGCAGACCUGCCUGCAAAUCACAGACGAUGGGCUCAUCACCAUCUGCAGGGGGUGCCACAAGCUGCAGUCCCUGUGUGCUUCUGGCUGCUCCAACAUCACCGACGCCAUCCUCAAUGCCCUGGGACAGAACUGCCCUCGCCUCCGAAUACUGGAAGUGGCAAGGUGUUCCCAGCUGACCGACGUGGGCUUCACCACCCUGGCCAGGAAUUGCCAUGAGCUUGAAAAAAUGGAUCUGGAGGAGUGUGUCCAGAUAACAGACAGCACACUAAUCCAGCUUUCCAUACACUGUCCACGGCUGCAGGUCCUGAGUUUGUCCCACUGCGAGCUGAUCACGGAUGACGGGAUCCGUCACUUGGGGAACGGAGCCUGCGCCCACGACCGCCUGGAGGUGAUCGAGCUGGACAACUGCCCCCUGAUCACUGAUGCCUCCCUGGAACACCUCAAGAGCUGCCACAGCCUGGAGAGGAUAGAACUGUACGACUGCCAGCAGAUCACACGGGCUGGGAUCAAGAGACUCAGGACCCACCUGCCCAACAUCAAAGUCCACGCCUACUUCGCCCCGGUGACUCCCCCGCCCUCGGUGGGCGGCAGCCGACAGCGCUUCUGCAGAUGCUGCAUCAUCCUAUGACACUGGAACCUCCUCCCUGCAAACUGGGGCUGGAACCACACCCGUGCAAUCCCGGGGGACACCAGAACCUUGGAGGAAAGCGAUCCCAGUGUCAUUUGCCAGGGCCAGUGAGCAGGGCUGGGGUGCCCUGUAGCCACCCACACACCCCCCUGUGAUCCCACCUGUCCCGGCGGGAUGAGGGAGCUGGAGCUGUGCCGGCUUUUCCCUGCGUGGGUUGGCCUCGUCCUGAACCAUUCCUGCUGGGAAUUCCUGGGAAAACCCCUGCAGGAAGGAGGGGGAGGGCUCCCAGCCUGGAGGGACUGAUGCUGCUGGUGAGGUUGGAAAAGGAACCGAGAUCCUUGGAAGUGGGGAGAGGAGAGGAACACGCUUGAACCCCACAGCUGUGCGGGAAGAAAAAUCCCAACAGGCCUGAAAACCCCGACAAGUUCCAUGUCCCUUUGUCAGUGAGGGAAUGAAAACAGCAGCUGCUGAUUUCCCUGGGAUCCAGGAUUUCCCUGUGGUCCAGGAUUCCCCUGAGCUUCCCUGCUCCCACCCUGAGCAUGCUCAUGUGAAGGCUCAUCUUUUUUCCUGUGUCUGUGGCAUCCGGCUCAGAGGCUUCCCAGAUUCUUCCCAGAUUGUUGUGGUAGAGCUUGGAAUUUCUAAUGCCACGUGUUUUACCUUCCCCAAGUCCUGUGGGUUUUUCCCCCCUUUUUUUCCUUUUCCCAAAUUUCUGAUUCAGUCAUUUCUUGAGAUUUCCCAGCCCAAAGCCACGAAUACAUGAGGAAUUUUUUCCCCAGAAGCCUGAGCCUGUGAUGAGCUGUCAGGAAAAUUUGAAAGGAGCACAGGGAGCUGCACCCCACGCUGGGCUCUCCUGGGCUUCCUGGCCUGUGUGAUCAGGGAUUGGGUGUCCCAAAUUCAUCCCAAAUCCAGAUUUUAUCCCAAUGAACAAGGAUAGAAUUCUCCAUACAGGGAAUAAUCUAUAUACAAAUAUGUAAUUCUCAGUACAGGUGGGGAAGUUCUAGUCCGUGUCCCAGCGACUGCGAGUUCCCUCCUGUCCUUCCCCUCCAUCCUUUCCCCAAGGAAAAGCAAAGUAGAGAUUUUUGCUUGUUGCCCUGAUAAAAGAAUUAAGGAUUCCCUGGCGGAGCAGGGCUGGGAUCCACCCUCACUCCCUGUGAGUGCUGGGGCUCUUCCCGAGCUCCCCACCCUCCACAGGUAAGUGUGCUGCCCUGGAAGGAGCCCCGGGAUGGGGUUUGGAUGUGCCAGGCCCAGCACUGAGGGGAGGGGGCUGGAAGGAUUCCUGGCUGCUUUUUUGGGGUAUAUCAGGCAAAACCUGCACAGGUGCUCCAGGGGAGCCCGGACUGACCGAAUUCCAGGUGCCCAGUGUGGAACUGCUGGGCAGAUCCCAAGGGUUAAAUGGGGCAGGACUGGUCAGACUGGGGCAGGGCAGUGGGAGCUGUGUCCGUCAUUCCUGCUGUCCGUACCCGCGGACACUUCCCUGGACCCGGGAGUUUGGCUUCCUCUCGGUGCUGAGGAAUCUCCUGCUGGGCGAGAAGAGCAGGUGCAGCCCCAGGAAUGGCUGCUUUAGGGGGUGGGGGGGAGUUUUCCCACCAGGAAUUCCGAGGGCAGUGUGCUGUUCCCAGCAGGAGGUGCACCCGGAGCUGCCCCCCUUCAUCUCCCCCAGUCCCCCCAGUCUGUGCUCACGCUCUGCUGGGAGCAACUCCAGGCUGCUGUGGUUAAAAGGAUACUGUCAAUGCCCUCCUGUAGGUGGCUUUUAAUCCCUUAUAUUUAUUCAAAUCCUCUUUAGCGCUGUGGAUUCUCCCCCUCUCCUCGGGCGCCUUCAUUUCCAGAACUUUCUCCAGGUUUCAGGGUGGCAGAAGAUGGUGGUGACAGACUGGACGGGCGAGGGGUCACCCAGCAAUCACAGGCUUUGCACAACUCUGGGAAAAUUAAAAAUACUUUUAUUUAGUUCCUACUGUGGCAGGAGAGAGCAAAGAGCAGGAUUUUGGAGCCAGGGUGUAGUUGGCUGACUGAUCCCUUUGUACCAGAGCAGAAUUUUCCAGGGAAAACUCUGGAACACACAACCCAAAGCAAUUUAUUUUCUGUUUGCAGACCAGGGUGACAGCAUUAAGGUAGCUCAAACUUCUUGACAGUGUCCUUUUAAGUCAAUUAUCCGUCUUCAAAUGGACUCUUCCUGAUGUUUAUAUUUAUAAAUACCAAUAAACACCGUUUUCCAA